GACAAAAGUAACUCACUUGUAGGGAAUUGUUUAAUAAAAAUAACAGCCGCAAUUUGGCUGAUGAUUUUUUUGCACGAGAGAGGUUAGAAAAAUAACUAUUAAACUAAAGUUGUCAAGUCUUGAUCCCCAAGAAAAUGAUAUGAGGAACAACAAAUAAGGUAAAUGGGGGCUUUGCCACGUAUGCAAAGAAUCCACCAUAAAGCAUGCAAUGACAUGUCAUGCACCAUCACAAAUUUCACCAUCCAUAUAAAAUCAUCUUCCAUGUCAUUUCCUAACGUUCAUUUCCUUAAUCCCCAAGAUAACUAUCACCUGCUGCAACGAAAAACAAAGUUGACAACUUCACCCCCCCACAAAAAAGAAAAAAAAAAGGAAUUUCGAGUCAUUUCUUCUUAAACCCUUUUAACCAGAAAACAAAAACCCUCGAGGAGUUCAAGUUCAGGAAGUAAUAUGUUGAAACAGAAAAAUUCUGAGCAAAAGAAAAUUAAUCAUCUGUUGGUCAAUUUUCAAAAUUAGUUUGAUGAAUACAAUCUUGAAGAACUUGGUCAUGAGCGGAAUGGGGGAUACAAAGAAGGAGAGUUCUUCUUCGGGGAUUAGUAGGAAAAGCAAGAAGAACUCGAGAAAGAGUGGCAGCGAAUCACUAGAAGAUACGGUUACCAAGUGGAAGACGCAAAACCAACUUGAUGAAUUUCGUAAGCCUCCAUCAAAGGGUUCAAGAAAAGGUUGCAUGCCAGGAAAAGGCGGCCCGGAGAACCAGAGUUAUAGAUAUAGAGGUGUUAGACAGAGAAUUUGGGGUAAAUGGGUUGCAGAAAUUCGAGAACCUGCAGGAAAGAAGAGCGUCUUAAUGAAUAAUAAAACAGGGAAUAGAAAUAGACAUUGGCUUGGUACAUUUUCAACCGCAAUUGAAGCAGCUGUUGCUUACGACAAUGCAGCAAGAGCUAUAUAUGGUCCUAAUGCUAUCCUCAAUUUUCCUGAUUACUCUUCAGAAACAUCAUCUACUCAGUUUAAAACAACAUUAGGUAGCUCCGAGGAUGACCAUACUGAGAAAUCAAGAUUGAAUCUUUUGUCCACUCUGCAGAAAACCCAAUGUUCCGUAGUUCGUGAGUUUAAAGAAGAAAGUGAAAAAUUAGGCUCUUCUGGGAUCUCUGUUAUUGAGGAAUCGAAUGAGAAACCUGAAAAUUCUCAGGUGGCAGAGAGCAUUUUAGAGGAGUUUAAAGAUAAAGAAAGUAUUUUAAAACCUCUUUACAGAUAUUCUAAUGAUGCUAAAGUUGAAGAGACAUUGCUGGUGAAAAAAAUAAAUCCAGAAUUUGCAGAUAACAUGAAAUAUCCUGAAAAUUAUGGCAUUAAUGGAAGACAUGACUGUUUGCAGGGUAAGACCAAGAAUAUGAAAGCUGAAUUAAGCACUGAUUACGAGCAUUGUAAUGAAGAUGAAGUCAUGGCGCCCAUAAUAAAGCAUGUAGAGGAAGAAGAAGCAGGAAGAAGAAAGGAAUCCAGGCAACUUGGCCUCAGUAAUACCAAUAUGCAUGAAUCUUUCAAUGAUUCAUCAGGUAGAGACUGUGAGUUAAGAACUGAUUAUAAGUCUUUUAAUGAUAGUCAGAUACCAAUGAAGAGAAAAGUAAUAGAGGGAGAAUUUCCAGGAAUGGGGUCUCAGUUUGAGGCUAGACCUGAUGAUUUGAGCAAUAAUUCCAUGGAUACGGAGUGCUAUCGAGAAAUUGAUUUUAAGCCAUCUAUACAGAUAGGUGAAACCGAUCAUUCUGCAAGGGAAGUAAAGAUGAAUUAUGGCCAUUAUCACUUAGCGUCUACAAAUUACCAGGAGAGCAACAGGUCAGCUCAUCUCACUUUCCAGUGGCAAAAUCCUAGAGAUGAUCAAUCAGGCAGCUCAAAUCAUACAGUAGAAACAAUCAGAACUGAGGAUAUAGAUUUCAAUUUAUUGGGACCUGACUUUAAUUGGGGUUCAGUGGAAGAGCUAGGCGGGAUCGAGCAAUGGUUUCCUGAAUUUGGAUUCUAGGAAAUGUUAGUAGCUUGAUGAUGGUAUGCAUUACGUCUGAGGACCAUGACCCGGAAAGCAGCGUUUGUUGGGUAUUUGACAGAAUAUGCAAGAAGCUUUAGAGUCGAACGGUGCAGACAAUUUUAUCUAUAAACAAUUUUGGGUGAAAUCUGUGCUACAAUCCUUCUCAAGUGGAUUGGCUGAUUUCUUAUUACGGAUGAUAUAUAUCAUGUCACGGCUCAUGAUCCUCUGGGGUACAACCUUUGAAUUUGUCAUUUUGCAUCUUUUUUGGUAAUACAUUUCAUAUUUCCUCUUC